GACAACCCUCUCUGAAUUUUUUAAUAUUUAAUGGACGAUUUAUUUUCAUUUAGAAAUUCAAGAACUUCUACAUUUUCAUUAAAUUAACUCCAGUAAAUUAAGUUUUUGUGCUUUUUUUUGUGAAAUCAUCAAUUGAAGUGUCAUCAUACAUCAUACAUUUGUUCGCACAAUAUAAAACAACAAUGUCGAACGCAGUGAAAAAAGUUAAAGAAUUCUUCAGUUAUUGGUAUCUCAGAUAUUUACUGGUGACUGAACUGUAUAUGGUGGAGCCUUGGGAAAAGGUCGUAAUACAAUUGGUUUUUGCUUUAUUCUUCGGCCUUUACUGGUACUUCAACUACUCAAUAGUCAUGUAUGGAGUAUCACAUUUAAGAGGAACAUUACAGCAUACCAUAUAAGGAGAAGAACAAGUUACAAGAGUAUGGAAUACCAAAUAAUUGUAAAUAAGGUUACAAAUAAAUGUUACAUCUGAUAUGUUGUCCAAUUGCCUGAAAAAUGUAUAUCAAGUUAUAUUGAAGGCUCCAAAACCAAUGUUUGAACAUGCCACAUUGAAGUUGCAUUUUAACCAUAAGGUCACCAUAUUUGUAAAAAUAUUCUCUUUUUUCAGUUCGCAAUAAUUUUUUUAUUUCAUCAAAUCUUAUUGUAAAAUUAAAUUUGUCUACAUCUAGGAAGUAUUAUUUUUAAACAUUUUCUAUUUUACAAAUGUUAAACGCUAGGUUAGAAAUUGUUUUAGUAAAUAUAUUUUGCUACAAUGCCUCAUAACAACCAUUUUAGACUACUAAACAAAGUAAAUCAGUUUGGUUGAAAUUAUAUAAAAUCUAUAGAUUUAAUGAGUUAAUUUCUUAUUAUAUUCUUGCUGUGAUCUAUUUAUUACCUGGUGAAGUGCAUUGAUAUUUUAUGUACUUCAUUCUUUAAUUAAUAUUUUAAACUGCACAGUAGUCAUUACAAGUAUGUAAUAACAAUAAAACUCAGUCCUAAUUAUUAAUCUAUUUAUUGAUAAUUUUAUUUUGUUAUAAUGUUUCAUUCCAAGUAUUAAAAAUAUGUAUAAAAAAAUAUUUUCAUAAAUAAAUUUGUUAUG